CUCUCGCCGCUCAUCACUUGUGAAAGUGUCUUGCCCUAAGGGGGUGAGGGGCGGAUCUAGCUUCUCUUGACUUUUCUCUGUGCGUCAACCGCAAGUUCUGUCAAUAAUGUCAGGGGACCUGCAGGAAACCGUCUCGGUCAGGCUCUGAGGGUCAUGCGGAGCUGCAUGGUGUGUCGGAGCCCUUCUUGUGGCUCCAGUGAUCGUCUGAUGGGAUAACAAAACUUGUAUUUGAAUCCAUCAUCUAUGGAUGCCAGCAGUGUGUCCGUGCUGUCGUACAGGAGGUCAAAACCCCAGGGGAAGGUGAGGCGGCGGGUGCAAGACCUUCGUAUUCCUGCCUCUUACUUUGACUUCAUAGCCAGCAGACCCCCGUUGGACCUGAGCCACAAUGAAAGCGUUCGGCUGGCAGCAGAUUCCCUGCUCAGUCGGGGCUUACAGGGAUACCACGAGGUGUUGGAGGCGGAGGGAGAAGUGGACUUUCUGUCAGAGCUGGAGAAGAUUUACAUCCUGGAAAAUGGCAGAGAUGGCAGCACAGCUGAUCCUGGUGAAUCUGAUGAUGAUGACAAGGAGUUUGAGAGCUUUUCUGCUGGCUCUCAGUCUGCCACACGAUGUCCCAUGAUGUCCAAAGACAGUGAGCCCAGUGUGGCAGGUCUGGACCUGAGCAGUCGGAGAGAUGUGAACACCACUGGUUGUGUACUGGAAGAGAACAAACUUAAGGUCUAUUUCCGGUCCGACAGCAGGGCGGCAGGAAUGAAAGACCUGGUUAGAGAGUUCAUCAGAAAGGCCACAAUGGCCUUAGCCAUAGUGAUCGACAGCUUCAGUGAUGUAGAGCUGCUGUGUGACCUGCUGGAGGCGAGCAGGAAGAGGAAUGUGUCUGUUCACCUGCUGCUGGAUCACCUCAACCUGGACCUGUUUGUCAGCGUGUGGCAGGACCUCAAGCUCGACAGCAAAAACUUUCCCAAACUGUCAGUACGCAGCGUCAGAGGGCAGACCUACUGCGCGAAGACGGGCAGGAGGCUGACUGGUCAGAUUGCUGAGAGUUUUAUCAUCACUGACUGGACUGAGGUGCUGACCGGCUCAUUCAGCUUCUCCUGGCUGUCCUGGCAAGUCCAUCGUAGUCUUGCUGUGCUUCUGAAGGGCAGAGCGGUCGUACCUUUCCAUCAGGAAUUCCACAGGCUGUACUCCAGCUCUGCAUCAGUCCCUGGCUUUGUGACUUACAUCAGUCUCCCUCCUCACACCACAUUACAUGUUGCUCGGAACGAGAGCGCCGAUGUCACUAAGUCGAAAUCAAGCCAGACCGAAACAGUGUGCCAGAGGGUUUGGGAUGAAGAUGUUCAACACAUUCAGGCAACAGCAAACAUGCCAGUUUUAUCUAAUCCAGAACUGGAGUGCAGCAAAGGUCACACUCAGUCUCUCCACAGAGCAGGCCCUGGUACACACAUGCACGAAAAACCUCCACAACCAAAACCUGUAGUUCAACCAGGAGCACUGAAGACUGUUUCUACGGGAAAGACAAAGCCUAUACUAGGAGCUGUCUGCACCCAGCCUGCUGCACAAGAGAAAGGGGAACCUUUGGAGGAGAACAAAAACAAGAUCAAGAGCCACAUGAACCCCCUCAGUCAGACUAAUUUCUCAGACAUUCAGUUUCAGCUCACCAGCCUCACCGUCACCCCGACAGCUGAGAAGAAUGUGAAAGCUCAAGAGCCAAACCCUCCUCACACUGCUUCCCCCAGACAGGGACCGCGGAGGGCUGUCCAUUAUCAAUCACUUUUUAAGACGGCUGAAAGACCAGACCUUCAGUCCCCACAUUAUGGUGCUCGAGAGUUGAAUCAGAGGACUGGAGACAGAUUAAUAAAGCCUCUGGGGACUGCUGCAGGUCUGAACCCGCAAAGACGACAAUGGUACUGCUCACUAAACUUCAAACAAAAGGUGGACUUUGUAGCUGAUCGUCCCACAGUCCCGUCUCCUUCCACACCACAGCAAAAACAAUCAAAAACAGGCGUCCUGUUCCCUUCAACCCACUUAAGAGGACACACACCUGCUCUGCAAACAGGAACCAGGGGGCAAGAUCAGCUGCUGAGGCCCCACCAGCCUCUCCACCAGUCGCACCCAACCACAGAGGCUCCGACUGCACCAACUACCGUGGGCACUCGUCUCAAACCUCAGCUCCAGUCCGACUCCAGGCUGUUCUCACCAGCUACAGGAACCAAACUACAUGUACAGCCUCACACCUCCCAGCAGGUGACACCCACUCCGAGGCUAAACUGGAGUCACGCCGCAAGACCCAGACCUGUGGCUCGCCACAGCUCCUUCGGCACCACCUACGGGACGGGACAGCAGGCGGGCUGGAGGCCGUUUCACAGCGGCAUGAGUCCGCCAUUAGGAAGGAGCCAGAGCAUGACUGACAGACAGUCAGCAGGCUUCAGAGGAGCAGGUCUCAACACAAACACAACCAACACCUGACAGACGGAUAAAGGAAAGACAUUAUUAAAACACAAGCACAGGCAGGUCAACGAAAUAUAGCGUAAUCACUUUGUUCAGACAUACCGUAUUAUUCUACAGUGUAAUGACAUGAUAUUAAGAUGGUGUAUCAUUAUUUCUACAAAAUGAUGAGUUAAGACAGAUGUGUGAACUGUUUUUAGAGUUUAAACUACUUUGGUAUAUUUUGUCUAAACACUAGAAUUACCACAUUGCUGUUGUAUGCCUCCGGGCACUAGUUAAGUUCCUGUUCCUGAAGUACAGCGUUGAAUAAUGACCAGAACAUUUUUUGCAGACUAUGAUGUCACAGUGCAUUUAACCUCUGACCUUUGGCUAACACAGGUCAUAACUUCAAUAUUUUAACCCAUUAGACAUCUGCAGGUCGAUGUUUUUGUACUGAAUGAACUCCAGUGUUAUGGCCAAAAACACAUUUUGUGAGGUCACCUCUGAGCACCAAAAUUCCAAACAGUUCGUUCUUGAGUCAUAGGGGACAUUUGCACCAAAUUUGACACAAUAUCCCCAAGGCGUUCUUGAGAUAAUGCAUUCAUAAGAAUUGGAUGGAUGGGCAACCCAAAAACAUGUCUCCUGUUGCUGUCGUUGGCACGGAGGCAUGGAGAUAAAAAGAAGAAAGUACGCUUUCCUAAAACCAAAAUGUUUAAUAAGCAACAAUCAAGGCUUGUCUCGUCAUGAUUCAGCUGAACUAAAAGGGAGGAGACACUGAUUAAACACUGUCUGUCACACCUGCACAGUGCUGAGGAUGUCCAGUCAGGCAGGUGCCAUUAGUGUGCAGGCUUUUUCUAUUCCUGUGAAAUAAGAGAAGACGGCCUGUUCAUACCUGCUCUAUAAUAGUAGUUUUUAUUUUUUUGCAUAUUUUUUAAUCUUAAAAAAUAUAUUUAAUGUUUUUAUCAUUCUGCAGUAAAAGCUUUCAAGAGCACCUGACAAAGCUUCCACCACAGGAAACUGUUCAACUACUGAGAGGUGAAAAGAAAGGUGCCAGCUCAUUACUGUGUGAACAGCUGAUGUUUGAUGCAGACAAUGUAUCUUUCUUAUUGGAGCACUGAAGAUAAGUGUAUACAUAUGUGGUCCUGUAGAGAGGAAUAUGGUUAUUGCAGUGAGUUAGGUUGAUCUACAUUUUACCAACAAGUAUGCGCACGUAUAAAGUGAAAAGACAGAAUUAGGUUCACUGGCAGGUUUACAGGUUUGUAACAUCAGAACUUUCACACAGAUGAGCUUGACUCAUUUUGACAAAAACUAAAUUAAAAGACUGAGAAAUUAAAUUAGAUCAAAAUGUAAGUGGCAAAGACCUAACAAAUUAAAAAAAAUAAUAAUAAAUUAAACCCUAGCUCAGUGUUUUUCCAUUCCAGUUCCUGGGGGCCCUCUGUCCUGCAUGUUUAAAAUAUUUCCCGACACACCUGACUGAAACAUGCAGGACAGAGAG